AUGACGACGACUCCCAGUCGGCGUGCUGGCACCAGGUAUCAACCCCAUGCCGCUGAACUGACGUCUCCGAGCAGGCUCAAUGCCGGCUCUAUCCAGAAUUACAGUCCUCACACCUCUAGUGACCUUACUCGAGCGCAGCUCAAACACGACCUCAUCGGUUAUGCUACGUACCAAGUAGACGGCGUACUGGAGAAGAUCAUUGACUCCAAGCUCUCUCGCUUCCCUACUACGGAUUUCGUGGAUGGCGUAUUUUCCACAAUUCGAGAGAAACAUGUCCAAGAUCUGGAAAGACUGGUUAUGGUUUCUAAGGGAAGAGGCGAGGAGGAGGAGAUGUAUGAUCCCCUGUCCCGUAUUUUACGCACAAUCGAGGGGGCGGGAAAGCGUUACGGAUGCCCCCGUUCCUACAAUCGACAGUUUGUCAGCAUGAAUGAUAUUCCGCCAAAUGAAAAAGAAUCGGCUCUUCCUACGCAGAAGCCAGACUUCAUUCUUGCGGAAGUCCCACCUCCCAGCUCACGAGAUGUAGAUCUCACGGACGAGCUUGAUCCCCAUGACAUACUGUGGCGACAAGCUGCAAGUUUCAUCGAGGUCAAACCUCAUUCAAUGGACACUCCAAUUCCUUCCAAGCCUGACGCAAACUACAUCAAGGCUCUCCUUGCUCAGGGAGCAGAUUACGCCCGCAUCACACUUUCCGCACGUCCCUUCCAACUCUUCGUCUUAGGCAUGCUCAUCUUUGGCACCAAAUUUUGUGUGGGAAUGUUCGAUCGUCGUGGCGUCACAUUGUCCAAGGAAUACGACAUCAUCACUGAUUCGGGAUUGAGACAAUUCAUACGCGUGAGCCGUCGUUUGUUGUGCGAUUUGUCUGCGACAGCUCUCGGUCACGAUAGUACCGUGGAGCUUUUGCCAGGGCAGACGUGUUACCAAGAGGAGUACCCGUCUUUCCGGGUGACCAUGGGUGGAUCCGAUACACGCGAGUGGCGAACAGUUGGUCCUCCGAUCUGGUCAUCUCUGUCGUUGCUCGGCAGAGGAACGUCCACCUGGAACGCAUUCAUGGGUAGUCAACGUGUCAUUCUGAAGGUUGCUUGGCGCUCUGCAACACGCAUAUCCGAAACCGAAAUCUACGACAAGGUGCGACAAUCCCGACUGCGGGGAAUUGCGGAGUUUGUCACCGGAGGAGAUGUAUUUUUCCCUGGACGCAUGCAGGCUAUCAAAGUCAGUAUAAGCCGACUACGUGGCUUCUCUGAAGUGGACAAGGAUGCUGUCUUGCAUCGACUGACGUUAAGUACUGUCGGUCGGCCUCUCUGGGACUAUCGUUCGGAGGAGGAGCUCAUCCUAGGCUUUCGUGCGGCACUAAUUGGCCAUCAAGGAUUAGUUUCCUUGGAUAUACUGCACAGAGAUGUCAGUGCCGGCAAUGUCUUCCUUCCGUACCUCGAUGACGAGGACGAUGUGCCACCAAGGGGUUUCGAGGGCUUCUUGGCUGAUUUGGAACUGGCUUCACUGCCAGCGAAGGCUGAUAUUGAGCCUUAUGUUGCAGUUCCAGUACGAAAGCCAGAAUACACCAGCACAGGCUCUUAUUUAAUUCCAAUCCCUUCAGAUGAACUACCCCAAGAGAGGCCCACGCAUUGGACGUUUAAGACUGGCGUCUCGGCUUCCGAGGCAGCUCCUGGCCCCGAGAUGAAUGGUACAGCCAUAUUUAUGGCGUUAGAGCUUCUGGAGGCAAUUAAAAAAGGCAAAACAGUCGUUCGGGAUGUCCACCACGACCUGGAGUCAUUCGUAUACGUCCUGUUCUAUGUGCUGUACAAAAGGAUCUUGGCAGAACCCAGACCCACAGAUCGCCAACGUGAUUGGAAUGCACUACAAGCGGAGUACUUCAGGAUAUUUGCUGGUGCUACAGUGUCGCUCAUCAUUGCUGGGCGGGACCACUUGGUCCGCAAGGGUCCCAACCAGCUGCGGAGAUGGCUUAACAGGGCCGGUCAGAGACGCUUGUCUGACUUCGCGGUGAUAUGUAGCCGUCUUAUUAUAGCUCAGAAUCCUCCUGAAGAGGAUAAGGAAGAAGAACAGGAGGAGCAGACGAGAAGACUUCGGAAAUGGGAGAACAUAUCGGUGCGGAAGUUAAUGACUUACGACAAAUUGUUCGAGGCUUGCGAUGAUGUCUUGAAGUGA